CCAAAGUCCUACUCGUCUGUGAGGCCUUCCAUUCACCAGGGUUAGGUAGAAGCAGACGAAUUUGCAGUUUAACUUGCAGGUCUGAUUACUUUACUUGUUCACAAUACAUACAUGUGUGUGUAUAUAAUAUGUAGAGAGAGAAAGUUGAUUUGAACAGCUUAAAUUCAUGUUAUUGGGAGCUAAAAUUUAGGGAGAGAGAGAGAGAUGGGGGAAAAUGGAAUCCAAGCGACUUCGGAGAAGAGAGAUUCAAAGAUUGUGAUGCAGAAAUCAUCCGUCGAUGAGUUUUCACAUCUGGCUUUGGACAUUGGAGGUUCUCUCAUCAAGUUGGUGUAUUUGUCAAGUAAUAAUAAUUGUGCAGCUGAUGAUGAGGAGGGGAAGAGUCCUCCAAAGGAAGAUUUGGGUGUCCCCAACGAUGAUAUCAACUGUCCGGUCCUUGGUGGGAAACUCCAUUUUGCAAAGUUUGAAACGACCAAGAUCAAUGACUGCUUAGAAUUUAUUUUAUCCAAGCAACUUCAUCGCCAUGGUAAUUGGCAUCAGGAGGCUGUUUUUAAUGACAAGAACAUUAUAAAGGCCACAGGUGGUGGGGCUUACAAGUUCGCAGACCUAUUUAAAGAGAAGCUUGGUGUUAAUCUUGACAAAGUAGAUGAAAUGAAUUGUCUUGUGGCUGGAUCAAACUUUCUGCUCAAGGCAGUCCACCCUGAAGCUUUUUCAUAUAUGGAUGGGAAGGAGGAAGAUGUGCAGAUUGACCACAACGAUUUGUACCCCUAUCUCCUUGUAAAUAUCGGGUCUGGAGUUAGCAUGAUAAAGGUAGACGGAAAUGGAAAGUUUGAGCGAGUUAGUGGAACAAGUGUGGGUGGAGGCACUUUUUGGGGUUUGGGAAGGCUCUUAACCAAGUGCAAGAGUUUUGAUGAGUUGCUGGAGUUGAGUCAUUGUGGUAAUAACAGAGUGAUAGACAUGCUUGUUGGAGACAUCUAUGGGGGAAUGGACUAUUCAAAGAUUGGCCUCACAUCAACAACAAUUGCUUGUAGCUUUGGCAAGGCAAUUUCUGAGAAUAAAGAACUUGAAGACUACAGACCUGAAGAUAUCUCCCGAUCGCUCCUAAGAAUGAUUUCAAAUAAUAUUGGGCAGAUUUCUUAUUUGAAUGCGCUCCGUUUUGGACUCAAGCGGAUAUUUUUUGGAGGAUUUUUCAUUCGGGGUCAUGCUUAUACAAUGGACACAAUUGCUGUUGCAGUUAAUUUCUGGUCAAAAGGCGAGGCAAAGGCAAUGUUCUUGCGGCAUGAAGGGUUUCUUGGAGCAUUAGGUGCGUUCGUGAGCUAUGAAAAUCACGGUCUUGAUGACUUGAAGGCCAAUUAGUUAGCGGAAUGAAAACAGCAUUAUACUUCAGACGUGGGAGAUAAGAUUCGCAGCCACACUACCUGGGAAUUUGAAUGAAAAUAAAACCAUAGCGUUGCUCAAUGACAUGGAAUGUUUCCAUAACAUCUGUCUGAUAAUCUAUCCCUGUUCCUAGAUUUGUUCUAUGGGAUUAACCCAUAAGCAUUGAUAACACCUACUUGACCACAAAACACAUCGAAUACAAAUUAUUAGAAUUAUUUAUACUAUUGCAUAAAACAAGAACACCUUCCCAGUGUUCCCACUUUACUGGAGCAGUGUUGUGCUUUUCCCCUUCGCUCUUUUUCUCUCUCUUUUUAUUUUUUUAUGAGGAUAGCUUUUCAAGAUGAAGCAUUGUAACUUAUUUCUUGUUCUUUUUAUACGAGGAUAUGAAUAUGAUGGGAAUUCAAUAAUAUCAUGCAAGUCUACAAACA